AUGUCUUCGACGAGCUCCUUAGAGGGCGCCCCUCUGGCCGAUUACUUCUGGAUUGCCGGUCUGGACGGAUCCGAGGUCUUCGACACAUAUAAGCGUUUGGGCGAGGAGUAUCGUAUCAAUGGCGCUGCAUCUCCGGGGCCGGCCCUCGCCGAUGUCAUCCAGGAAGACGCAGAUGCUGAGGAGGAGAAUCCCGACGGUACUUCCCGCCCCGCGUCGACUCUGUUCAUGGGUGCGAGUGCGAGCCGUCGCGCUUCUCAACAGCGCCUGUCAACCCUCUCCCGGGACUCGGGGCAGACCAAUGGCGCUAGUAGCAACCGCAGCAGUGUCACAGUCAAAGGCGCGUCUUCACCGUUGCGUGCCUCGGCGCUGUUUUCCGAGGAUUUCGAUUUUGACCAGGCUUUGGUCAAAUUCGCGUCGGAGAGAGAUACUUUUCUGACGGACUUGAAUGUAAGCGCCGGCGCCAUUACGCAUAAUACUCGUCCUCGAUCGCGUGUGCGCACCCAGAAGAUUGUUUCGGAUGAUGCACCUCAAGGGUCACCCGGUCUCCUUAGAUCUGGUAUCGGGAGUGUUCGUCGCCACAUGGCUUUCCGGGAUAUGAACAGCAUGAAAAGACAGCCGUCCAUUGCUCGCCAUGCUUCGGUGCGAACGUCGCGACGACUCAGUAACUAUAACUCGGUAAUUCCAGUGCCUCAACCGCUGGAAUUCUCGCCCACUAUGCAUCCGUUAAAACGCCGAUUCGAACCCGUUUUACUCGACCGAUACCCUACCCGCAACAUGUCUGAGGAGCUGAAGCAGCGGGGAAACUUCCCAGAUUACGUUCCUAUGUUUGCCUUUCCGAAUGAUAUUAACAUUGUCUCUUCCGAUGAACGACCGCGAUCGACUUGGCACGGAUUCGCCAUGACAACGGAUAAUGGAUCUAAGCUUCACGCGAUUUGUGUGAUCAUUUGGAUUCCUCUAAACUCUCAGGCUGCGGAUGAGCUCGAAAAGCGAUGCGAAGAAUGGCGAAAGGACAAUAUGACGGAUGAGGAGCGGGAACUGGCUGCGAGCCUGGGAGAAAGACUGGCUUCCGAGCGGGCGAAGCUGUCUCAGCUUCUUGCUCAGCUACCGAAUGUCCCCUCUGGCUCCGAAUCUCGUGAGCAACUCGAGGAUGAAAUCAGCGCCGUGGAGGAGAAAAUUGGUCUGAUGACGGACCUCUUACGUCCCGUUCGACACGGCGCAGCCUCAAAGAUCGAGGGUCUUACGGAUGGUGAUACUGGGUUCUGGAUUCCCCGGGCAUAUGGUAUCCUCGGCCGAGAGAGCACAAUGACCAGUUUCUGGAAGGAGUGGUUGAAGGCGAUCGUUGUGCCAAUGACGGAGAAUGCCGUCCAGCGAGUGCCUCCCAAUUCACCCCGGAUGGGUGUCUGGCAACCGCUAGAGCGCUACGUUAUGAACCUGUGCACAGAGGCAUUCUGCCCAGUGUCCUCGAAGACGCAGGUGGAGCUGGCAAUCCGUGAACUGCGGUUAUUUGCCCGGAAAGAGGCGCCCAACGAGCUUCCCGGAUCUCGCAACACUGACCUUUACGCCUUGUUCCGAACCCUGUCGGUCCCCAAUAUCAUUAUCCUUUUCGAGUAUGCCCUCACCGAAUCUCGCAUCAUUUUCUUGUCCUCGCAUACCUCCAUGCUUUAUCUCGCAACAAGGGCCUUGGUUGAUCUUCUGUUCCCACUUCAAUGGACCGGAGUGCUCAUUCCCGUUCUGCCCGCGCGUUUGAUCCAAGCUAUCGAAGCACCCUGCCCCUACAUAAUGGGUAUUGAACGCCGCUAUGAGAAGGUUGAAUUACCAACCGAUGACUUUGUUCUGGUGGAUCUUGAUGCCGAUAUUAUCGAGAGCACCAUUCGCCCCACUCCACUCCCCCGUCACCAGCGCAGGAAACUCUUGUCACUCUUGCAACUGGCCGCUCCUCACCAUAGCCGAUGCGGCGUUCCAACUGGUCCUCCGGCAUACGCGAUUGAGACAUACCCUUGGGAUACUUUCAUGACGGAAUCCCCUGCCAUCUAUAACUCGAAAGCACCACCGACCAAUCUUGCCAAAUAUGUGGCCCUUAAUUCCGGCGCAUUUGGCUCCGCCACCAUGGCUCCCAGCUCUUACCAGCCGCCAAUCUUCAAUGCUUUCCUUCAUGCGCGCCAUGAGCAAGCAUCCUCUCGAGGUUACUCGUCAAAGAGCUCAGAUCGUCCUGGGACAAGUACAGGCAGAAUCGCUAGCUCCCCACCCUCUCCGCGGGAGAGCUCUCCGACGUCAGGUUACUUCCCUCCGCCCCCUCCUACCCCUUCUUCAAGAAAUGAUUCUGGUAUGGCUUUACAAGCGUCGUUGCGGGAGAAGCGCUCCGGUCACUUCGAUGCUGCGUCUCGCAGAAGCUCCUCGUUCGGUGUGAACCGGCGCCCAAGCGCUCCAUUCCUGGGACAUGCAUCAAAUCUGUCAGUCACAACUCUGAAUACGGACUAUGGUCCCGGAUCUACCUAUGCUCCAUCUGUAUAUGCUCAAUCCACCAUUGCUGCCUCAACCAUCGUCCCGCAGGCUACCAUACAACAAGUUGGAAAUUCAGAGGGCACCUGCUGGAUUGAAGGACACUUGUUCCAGAUUCAGCCGUUUGACGAAAAGAUGGUUUGUGCCAUUUGUGAUGAGCGUGCCGAUGAAGGGAUGUACAAAUGUUCCUCGUGCAAGAUGAUCGUCCACAAUCGCUGUGCUUCUCAGGUCUGCCUCGUCUGCGAUGCCGCUUUCCAUGCCGAUCAAAUUCGAGCUGCGUUUGUCAGAUGCUUCGCUAGUUUAUUCUAUACGUACAAGAAGUUUCUCGUGCCUUCUAGUGGCGAGAAGAAGAAGGCUGGGAUGUAUUACUCGUUCAAUAUGGAUGCUUUCAUGAAGAGCCUUCCACAUGAGCAUGCUGAGUACAUUACUGUUCUCCAGCAAACUCAAGGAUUCAAUGAAUUCAUCAGUGACCGUGAACGAAGCAACCCCAAGGCCAAGGAUUCGAAGAUGGCCCUAUUCGAUGAGAUUGUACUUAGCAAGCGCAACCGUGGCCGGACAUCAAUCUUCUCGGGUCGCUCCACGACCGAUUUCUUGUCCGACACCUCCAACCAUCUCUGGCGUACCGCAAACGCAACCUUCUUUGCCCCAAGCCGCAGCCAGCAGAGUCUCUCCCAGGAUUACAGCCGCAUCAGCACCCGAGCACCGGCGAAAUUGGACACAAGUCUGAUGACAGAGCCCCGCAUGAUCCACGGGGCUCCUCGGGUUUCUAAGGCGGCAAAUACUGCCCGCAGGAAGCCACUGCCCAAUCUCAUGAAUGGAUUGGCCAUCUCCCCGUCCAGUUAA